AUGGACGCCGAGGCCUACCUCAGGCGCCACGGCUGGUCUGGCCCUGGCAACCCUCUGAACAAAAACUCCCGCCCAGGACCGCACGGUGGUCUGGGUCUCACACGCCCCAUUCUCGUCGCGCGUAAACAGAAUAACCAUGGCGUUGGAAAGAAAGUGACCAAAGACUCCGCGACAAACCAGUGGUGGCUUCGUGGAUUCGAAGAUGCCCUUAAGGGUGUAGGCGAAGACAAGCCUGAAACAGCCGCACCGGCGGGGAAUGCGCUCACGAGUGAAUUAUACCGAUUUUUUGUGCGGGGACAGGGCCUGGCCGGAACACUUGAUGACGAAAAGUCACUUAAAGCGAAGCCCUCCAAGUCCAAACGGAAGCGCGAUGAUGACGACGACGAUCGCAAGGCGAGAAAGGAGAAGUCUGCUCGGAAAGAGGAGAAGCGCAAACGGCGGAAGAUGAAGGAGGUGGAGGAGACUGUUUGUCCGUCGAGUGAUUCUUCUGGAGAAGAGAAGCGGAAGGAGAGCAAGGAGGAGCGUCGAGCAAGACGCAAGGAUAAGAAAGAGAAGAAGUUGAAGCGAUCUGUCGAACAAGACUAUCCUACACCAAUGUCGACGGAACAAGAGCCAGACUUGGACGCCACUGAAGCAUCAACCCGGACAAGGAAGAAGGAGAAGAAGGAGAAGACCAGCAAGAAGUCCAAGGGAAGCGACGACGAUACAGACUUAAAGAAGUCUAGGGAGAAAAAGGAGAAGGAAAAGAAGUCCAAAAGCACCUGA